AUCCCAACAAAAUAUGCCCACGGAGAACAAAUGUGACCACAUGUUAAAUUACCAACCAACCAAUCAUAGACAAGGACCAACCUUGCACGUUAAAAAACUCUUAUCUAAUCCCAUCAACGGCUCAGAUUAACCCCACAUGGCCUGGAUAUCGAUGAAACCCAGUAUCCUUCUCCCGUUCUUCCUUCGACAUCAACACCUGACAAAACAGUUUCAGCGCUAGAAAUAUUUUUUGACAUCCCCAAACAAUUUUUCUUUUUUCCCCUGAAUUAUCCAUUUUUAUCAUAAAUACCACGUCACACCUCUAACUAUAUAGAAAUAUUCCAUUUUCUUCAGCUUCACACACACAUAUACAGCCAGAUACCCUCCUUCUGGGCCCUCAAAAAGCGAACGACAAAGCACAUUUUCUCAGUUUCUCUUAACAAUCUUUCUGUACUUUCACAGAGCAAAAAUGGUUUCUUGGGUUGGGGGAAAGUGCGUCGGCAGAGGAUCGUUUGGUACCGUGAAUAUAGCUGUCGACAGUUUAAACGGUACCGUUUUCGCGGUGAAGUCGGUUGAUAGAAACGCUUGUCAACCAACUCAAAUCGAGUGUUUAGAGAACGAAAUCAGAAUUCUUCGAUCACUUUCUUCCCCUUACGUUGUUAAGUAUCUCGGUGACGAUGUUUCAUACGAGGCUCCAACGACGUCGUACAGAAACCUCCACUUGGAGUACUUACCCGGUGGCACCGUUGCUACUGCAGCUGAUGUGGCGACCUACGUGGACGAGAUGAUUUUACGGUCACACGCCUACUGUGUAGUCUCCGCAUUGAGGUACUUACAUUCUCGUAAUAUCGUCCACUGUGAUGUUAAAGGGGAGAAUAUUCUCAUUGGUCCGAGUUCAAGUUCGUGUAAACUCGCUGAUUUCGGCUCUUCAAAGGAGAUUGACGUCUCUGGUGUUCCCAUUUUGCCACGUGGAAGUCCACUGUGGAUGGCACCGGAGGUGGUAAGAGGUGAGUACCAAGGACCAGAGAGUGAUGUCUGGUCCCUGGGUUGCACGAUUAUUGAGAUGGUCACCGGAAGACCCGCGUGGGAAGAUUUCGGUGUCGAUACGCUAACUCGAAUCGGGUUCUCUAAGGAAUUGCCCCUUUUUCCGGUUCAGCUAUCGGAAAUGGAUCGUGAUUUUGUCGAAAAAUGUUUAAGAAGGGAGCCUUGCGAACGGUGGAGUUGUGAUCAGCUCUUACAGCAUCCAUUUUUACACUCUGUAUAUAAUACAGCCACAGUCACUGAGUCAUCCCCGCGUUGCGUCCUUGAUCGGGUCAACUCGGAGUUCCAAGAAGAAGACGAGGACGAUUUUGGUUGUGAAAAAUUCGAAAGUUGUGCCAGGGAAAGGAUCUCUAAAUUGGCAAGUUCAUCACGGGGAAAUUGGGAAUCAGACGGUUGGGUGGCAGUAAGAGAUUACGAAGCAAAAGAAGAAAAGGCGACGAGGGAAUAUUCUAAUGCUAAGAACAGAGAAGAGCAGAGGAGGUCAAAUUGGGUAAUUGACACAAGGGCAAAUUCGAAAAUUGAAAAUAUCGGCGGUGGGUGUAAUGACGAGUGGUAAAAAUUUGAAUUAGCUGCGAAGAGUGAAGGAAUGGGUGUAUUAAUGUACAAAAAUGUGUAAUUUAUUAGCAUGUUUGAGGAUAUCUAGAUAUAUUUUAUUGAUAGUAAAUAUUUUUAUUGUUUA